AUGUCUCAAUCUUUCUUGCCUCCUUCCAAAGAACAUAUGCAAAUGAGAGUCUGCCCUCGAUUCAGACCCUUUCUUAAAACCGAUGAAGAAUGUAGGAAUGGAGAAGAUAAACCAAAAACAAGUGUUGCGUUUCAUAAGAAUGGAAAAAACUUUCUCAUCAAGAAUGGUCUUUCUGAACCAUUAGAGUUUUCAUUUGACAAAUUUCUCAAGUCAACUGCCACACAAGAAGAAACUUUCAGCUCGACUUAUGGACAUGAGGUUCUACAGCGAGUGCUUGAUGGAUUUAAUUGCACAAUCUUUUCGUAUGGAGCUCAGGAUACAGGAAAAUCAUUUACCUUAUUUGGAAAGUCAGUGGUGGCUGCCAAUCAUCAUGCUGGAUUUGCAGUCCGUUUAACAAGAGCUUUAUUUGAUUACAUUGUUCACAAAUCACCUCCUGAAAUUGAAUUUUCAGUUUCAUUGACAGCAUUUGAAACACACGGAAAUGAAAAUGGUGACACCAUCAUGACCGAUUUAUUGAUUGGAGAAAAUGAAAAAAGAUCUUCACAUUUGGAAGUUUUGGUCAAUGAUGAAACGAAUACAGUAGAAGUGACAGGUCUUCAUGAAGAAUUUGUCACGAGUGAGAAUGAAUUUUUCCAAAUUGUGAAUAAGGCACUCGAAAAAGCCGCGAGAGAGCCCUCAACGGUCUUUAUCGAAAUUAAGGUCUUGCAAAGUGAUCCAGCAACCAAGAUCACAAAAGAAUCUCGUGUCACAAUCAUUGACUUUGAUUCGGAGUCACCCUCUGAUGAACACCGAAAAAUCCACAAAGAUGGAUGUUACACAUUACGACAAAUGGUGGAAGCCAUUCAUGCUGAAACAGAUGAUUUUGAUUACUUUGCAACAACGCUUCGUUGUUUGCUCUUUUCACGUAUUUUUGUGAAUUCCAUUUGUUAUGCAUUCAUUACCUUGUCACCCUCAGCCAUUAGCUCCGUAAUUACCAAGUACACCAUUCCAAGUUUAAAAUUGGCUUCAAAACUUUAUGAAUUAUCGAGUGAAGUGUCUCCCAAUUUGAUUCGAAUCGAUGACGAGGAACGUAAGAAAGCAUUGGAACAAAGUAAGAAUGAAGAGAAUCAACCUUCCACAACAACUUCACCUAACCAAGCACCUGAAACUCCUUCCACACCUCGUGAAUCCAUUGUUCUCGAAGAGACAGAACAGUACAAAAAGUUACUUGCAGAACGAAAUUCACUUCAAGACGAUGUCUCAGCUCUCAAAAUUCAAGUUGAAACUCUCAAAGCACAAUUGUCCAAAGAGGAUGAAAAGAAUAGUCAAGCAAGAAAACAACUUGUUCAACUGGAAAAUGCACUCAAUGAAACGACCAAGCAACUCAAAGAGGUUUCUCUGUUGAAAGAUUCACUUCAAAAAGAGAAGGAAAAAUUCCAAGAAAUUCUAGCACAAUCUCAUCAAGAAAUUCAAACACUAAAACAACAAUUAAUUGAAGAAGAAUCCAAAAGAGAAGAAAUGGGUGACAAAAUUGCAGAAGUUGAAGAUUUGAAAAAGACCAUUCAAAAACUUCAAACUCAACUUUCGAGCUCUAGUUCUGAGUCUCCAGUAUUCACACAAAAAAAGGAAGAAACCAAUUUGGAGGCUCUCUCUGUUGCAAGAACUCAAUACGAUGAAAUGAAACAAAUGUAUUAUGAGCUUCUUGAUAAGGUCGAUGAAUUGGAAAAGAAAAAUAUUGAAUUGGAAGAAGAGAAAAUUGCGACUGAAUCGAAAACCAUUCCAUUGGACGAUCCUUCGAACACUCUCAUUGAAAAACUCAAAAACAAGAACAGAAUCUUGAUGGAACAAUUGAAUGCAUCAAAACGAGAAAAUAUCAAAACUCGUGAAAAGUCAUCAGAAAGUAUUCUCAAGAGUUUGGAUGUCAAAUUAGACGAACUGAAAAACAUUGUCAAUCAAUACAAGGAGACAGCUCAAAAACAACUUUUAGCAACCAUGUCCUCUUAUGAAGAGACUUCACAACAAGAUAAAGCCACUAUUCAAAAAUUGAAAUUGAACAUCACAGAUCUCACCAACAAACUCAACACUGCCAGAAAGAAGAACACUGAAAUGGAAAUUUCCAGAAUGAAAUGGCAAGAAGGUGAGAAGUAUGCCAAACAAAGAGUGGUCACACUUGAAAAGGAAUUAGAAGAGUUGAAGGUUAAAUCCAACGAAAAAGAAAAACUUCUUUCCGAUGAACUUGAAAAACUCAAAGUUGAAGUGGUUACUGCCAAAGAUACUGAAAUUCUCACACUCAAAGAUGAAAUUUCAAGAAUGGAGAAGGAAAAUGGAGAAUUGACUUACAAGUUGAAGAAAGCAAAGGUCAAUCGAAAGAAAACAGUUGUUGCAUUGCAACAAGCUCAAGAACAGCACGCACUUUUAUUAUUGCAAGAAAAGGAAAGAAACGAAACUCUGGAGCGUGAAAUUAAAUUCCUCAAGAAGUAUACAGGUGUGAAAAUGGAUACAUUCUCAAAGAAGAAUGACGACUCUGUGACACAACCUAAAAAGUUGAACACUAUUUUAACAGCAUCUUCUCGACAAAAAGAAUUGCUUGCUAAACGUCUCUCUGUGACCAUCAGCAAGACACAGUCGCAACAAAUAAGCGCCUUACAACAGCAACUCAGCUUGAUGAAUCCAUUGGGAUCCAAUUCACCAAGAGGUAACAAUAAUGACUUGAGAGGUACACCAAUUUCUCGUGAAAAUUCAAAAACUUCCAUAGUCAGUACAGAGGAAGAAGAAUACGAUGCCAAAUCACCUCGAUAUAAGAAAUUGAGCUCUUCUACAAGUAACUUGAAUGAAGUACAGGGAUAUCUUGAAAAACGAUCUCCCAAACUUAAUCUUUACAAACGAAGAUAUUUCAGACUGGAUGGAAGCUUUUUAUUUUAUUAUGUGGAUGAUGUUGAGACAAAGCCAGUAGGAUCGAUUGAUCUCAAAACAGCCACCAUUGAAAUGUCUCCAGAAAAGAGUGGAAAGAAGAGAUUUGUAUUUAAAGUGGAAAUUCCAGCAAAACCAUAUUAUCUCUCUUGCACCACUGCAGAGGAACGAGAAAUGUGGUACAGUGCCAUUAGCAAUAUUAUUAAAAUUUCUAAAAACUAG